AUGGCGAAAGAACGCACUGAGAAGUCCGGCAUCAUUGUCGGCUUGAACAAGGGCCAUAAAGUCACACCCAUCACCACCAAGCCUCGGAUCUCCCGGCGCAAGGGCUCCCUCAGCAAGCGCACGGCCUUCGUCCGCGAAAUCGUCAAGGAAGUCGCCGGCCUGGCACCGUACGAGCGACGUGUCAUUGAAUUGUUGAGGAACAGCAAGGACAAGCGUGCGAGAAAGUUGGCCAAGAAGCGGCUCGGUACUUUCGGCCGUGCGAAGAGAAAGGUCGACGAGCUGCAGCGUGUCAUCGCCGAGGCCAGAAGAACUGGGGCCCAUUAA